ACGGCUAUACUCCAGAGGAGGCAGAUGGGGAAGGAACUGGGGAGACCGUCUGGCCACCUCCUGGAUUUAAAGUGGUGCUGAGCUUAAACCCUGGAAAUGUACAGAUAACCUAAAAUGGAGAAUGCGAACAGCCCCAGCUUGCAACUAGAACAGCUGGUGACCCAGCCAGUCCCUCUGACAGCCCACGAGGAUGCCUUCUCUUACAAGGAAAAUCUGAUUGGUGCCUUGCUGGCUAUUUUUGGGCACCUGACGAUCAGCAUUGCUCUCAACCUCCAGAAAUACAGUCAUAUCCGGUUGGUGAGUUGCAAAGAGACAAAGGCUUAUUUUAGGACCAAGACAUGGUGGUGCGGUUUGUUCCUUCUCUGCCUGGGAGAAUUGGGGGUCUUCUCCGCCUAUGCUUUUGCACCCCUGUCUCUGAUAGUGCCUCUGGGGGCCGUCUCUGUCAUAGCAAGUGCAAUCAUUGGAGUCAUAUUCAUCCGGGAAAAAUGGAAACCUAAAGACUUCAUGAGGCGUUAUGUUUUGUCCUUCAUAGGCUGCGCCUUAGCCAUUGUUGGGACAUACCUGCUAAUCACUUUUGGGCCGAACAAUCACGAAGUCAUGACAGGGGAGAACAUCAGAAAGCACUUGGUCAGCUGGCCAUUCCUUCUGUACAUGCUGGUGGAGAUCAUUCUGUUCUGCCUGCUUUUAUAUUUCUACAAGGAGAGGAAAGCAAACUACGUGGUGGUGAUUCUGCUUCUGGUAGCCCUCCUGGGUUCCAUGACUGUUGUUACCGUCAAAGCCGUGGCAGGCAUGAUAGCAGUUUCCAUUCGGGGGAACAUGCAGUUGGGUUACCCCAUCUUCUACAUCAUGGUGGUGUGCAUGGUGGCGACCACAGCCUUUCAGGCAGAGUUUUUAACCCAGGCUUCCCACUUGUAUGAUGUAUCCCAGAUCGCCAGUGUGGGUUAUAUCCUGUCUACUGUGAUAGGAAUUACAGCAGGUGCAACUUUUUAUUUGGACUUUAUAGCAGAGGACGUUCUCCAUAUUUGUCUGUUUUGCUUGGGAUGCCUCAUUGCCUUUUUAGGUGUCUUUUUGAUCACUAGAAACAAGAGGAAGUGCGUCUUUUUUGAGCCUUACAUUUCCAUGGACGCCAUGCCAGGCAUGCAGAAUCUGCACGACAACGGAACUGCAGUUCAACCUGAACUGAAGACUUCUUUUUCCUACGGUGCCCUGGAAAGCAAUGAUAGCAUCUCCGAAAUCUAUACUCCUGCUACAUUAACCAUUGUCCAGGAAGAACAUGCUUCUUGUCGGAUCAAGUCACACAACAAAAGCGAGUGAAUGCUCUUUGGAGAACUGCUGUAGGUGUGGUUAUCUAUUUAUUACCCCUCCCUUUCUGUUAUUUCACUCAUUGAGCCCAGAAGACAGCUGAAGUAGGGAUGAACUCACAUAAUAAUUCUAAAAAACAAAUACUGAUUAAGGAUCACGUACCUGCAGAUACAAAAGUAUUCCACCGUAAGCUGAAUUGCAUUGGAAUCCGAACAGCUCCAACAUUGAAAACACAGAAGGCAUUUGAAUAGCAAAAAUGGACUGUACGUAAGUGACUACAGAUGCUCUGUUAUAACAGAAGCAGUGGUUUUCUUGGGAUAACCAGGGAUUGUGUGUCUUUUAAAAACUGGAAGAAUAGCAUUCUCCAACAGAUAUGUAUUAGGGC